CUUCCCUGGACGACUGCAGAAUACUGCCCUCGACAACCCGCGGCUCCUCUAGCUGCCCGCUGCCCGCCGUCUCCCUUUGCCAAUACAGCUCCCCCUCGCGCAUUACACAUGGGCAACCUCUGUGGGAAACAGUCCAAAGACAACUUUGAAGGACAAGGGCGCACCCUCGGCUCUGCCCCAGAGCCCGCAACAAGAGCAUCUGUACCCAGCAAUGCCACCGCUCCCAAGCCAAAGGUCGGAGGACCGCCGCGCACCCUGGGCGACAGCAACCGAGUAGACGACCCCAAAGCCGCCGCCGCCGCUGCAGCCGAGGCCCGCGCCAACAAAUCCUCCUCAGGCGACCUCCAAAAGAAACUCGACGCGCAGAAACGCCAAACAAACAACCAGACGCUCCAACAAGCCGCCGCCGAGAACCGCCUCGCCCGCGAAGCAGACCAAGCCACCGAGACGAGAAACUACAACUAGCUCCCUUGCAAGCGCGUGUACACAACUACGAGGCGAGGGAAUUUCAUUGAUCGCGACACCAGAAAGAGCACGCGAGUAGGCGCAUACUUGUAUAUACAGGCAUUGGAACCACCACCACCAUCACAUACCCACCCUUUACGAGUGAUGAUUCCGGGAGUCGCUUUUUUUUUCUUUCUUGGGGUUCAGAGGCGAUUGAAGCAUUUAGCAUUGUUCGCAUGACCUAGGGCGUUUUUGGGAGACGGGUUGAGAGGCGGACGAGAAGGAGGGUUUUCUCACUUUGUUGUGUUGGCUAUGCAGGA